AUGUCAGAUACCGCUGAGACUACCACGAUACCGGCAGAGAUCAGUGCGAACACGGACAAGGCCAACGAGGAUCGCGAGGAGCCUUCCGAGCACAAGCCGCCUGCGCCUGCAGGAGGCAAGCCAGGGACGAUGGAGAACCGUGAUGCCAUCCCAACUGCUGGCGGCGAGAAGCUAGGCGAUAAGCACUGGGGGGAGAGCCAAAUCGUCCCAGACAACCCCAAGCCGGCUGCGGAAGAAGCCGGCGUCUCCAGCAAAGAAGGACAGCCCACUGGUAAGUAAAACUCGCGCUCCUUCCUCAUUCGGAAGGCAGUCUCGGUUGACGUCAUGUCAGGUGAAGUGGCCAAUAACACUGCCAAGAACACUGGAGGUGCAUCAAGCGGUCCACAGAAUUCGGGCGAGAAACAGAAGUUCACGGAUAAGGUCAAGGACAAGCUGCCAUUUGGCAAGAAGGACACGAAUUAG